ACUUUGUUCAGCAGCUCCGCACAAAGUUGCAGAGCAUCCCCGAGUCUCCGCCGACCCUCCCGCCUGCGUCCUUCUUUACUUGGCAGCUCUCUCCUCCUGCAGCAUCGUCACCUUCAGCCCUGCGAUUCUCCUGCACUUUGGAGCCUCUGCACCGACAAAGAUGCUGGCUUGUACGGAGAUAAUCACCAUGUGUCUCCAGUCAGCCAAACAGAAGCAUCUUCUGGCUCAGCAACUGCAGCCUCAGCACCAGCAGCAGCAGCAGCAGCAGCAGCCGUCUCACAGCGCCGGACACGGGCUUGCUAUUCUUCAUGAUAUUUUCCGCAGAGCUGACAAAAACGAUGAUGGUAAGCUGUCUUUUGAAGAGUUCAAUGCUUACUUUGCUGAUGGGAUCCUGACGACUGAGGAGCUACAGGAGCUUUUCUACUCCAUAGACGGCCGACAGAAUAACAAUCUGGACACAGACAAGCUAUCAGAUUAUUUUUCCCAGCACCUCGGAGAAUAUUUAAAUGUCCUGUCAUCUCUGGAGAGCCUGAAUAUUGCCAUUUUGAAGGCAAUGGAUAAAACUAAGGAGGAGUAUCAGGGCGCCAGCGUGUUGGGUCAGUUUGUCACCAGGUUUAUGCUCAGAGAGACGUCCAGCCAGCUGCUGUCUCUGCAGAGGUCCCUUCAGUGCGCCAUGGAGGCUGUGGAGGAGCAAAGCAGCCCUACUCCGAGGGAGGCUAAGGCGCCGGAGCUGACAGCAGUACAGAGAGACGGGAGGCAAUGUGGCCGCAGGGUCAACAACAACCUCUGCAUGCCCUCAAUGGAGCUGAGCUCCAACACCCUCAGCACAAGCAUCAACACUGAGAAGGGAGAGAACUGGUCCUCCCAGAUUAACCGGCUGCAGCUACUUUUGGACAAACUGGAGUUUCAGGGUCCCAAGCUGGAGCCGCUGAAGGAGGAUACUCUGUCCAGCACAUGCAAGUCAGCGAACCAGAACAUUCUGCUGGUUCAGAGGCAGAUGUCAGUGAUUGAUGACGAUCUCGAUAAUUUCCAAAAAGUUUUGAAGAGCUACACUGAUGCCACUUCAGCUCAGGCUGACAACCUGCACGUGUCUGUUCAGAAGCUUCCAGGAAAGUUGUGUUACAUAAUGUAUGAGUUCUGGCGAGACCGCAUCUCCUGGAUGAGCUACCUUCAAUCCAACUGCAGCAAAGACUUCCAACGCUGCAUCAUUGACAUGUUGGAGGAUGCUGAAAUAAUCAAUACCAUGCCGCUCCCAGCUUCCUGGUGGAUUAUGACUAACAACUAGAACCCAGAAAGUCAUAUCCGCUGCCUACACCAUUUUACGGACAAAGACACAGUGGCGGGUCGAUCUUCCAACAUGCCCACAACACACAUCAACACCCGGGGAAGAAUUCAAGAGAGCUCGAUGAGUUCAAAAGCAGCAGGGGAAAAUGGCAUCAUCCAACAUUCUCCGGCAGCGUCUAUUAAUGUUCCAGGCUUUGACGGCUCAUUAUUUUCUUCGCUAAUAUCAAAGUGGGGAGCUGCAUUCUGUUUUUUAGCUUUUCCAAAACCUGGAAAACUACUGAAGUCUCUGCAAUGAACAAUCUUUUCCAACCUUCGUCUCUUACCUGUGGCAUGACCGAUUCUCUCCUGCAGUGCGUGCCUGAAACUAUGCCAUCAGAAAAAAAGUUCUGGAAGCUAUUAGAGCAAAACCCAUAUGGAGAAAUUUAAACUUCCCACUAGUUAUCUUUGUUUCUGACGAGUUGUUUAUUGUCAAAUGCAAGCGUUUGUGGGGAGAGAGGAGGAAGGGAUGCAGCGAAUGGAGAGCGUGCAUGCUAAUGCAGCCACAUGGCAACUGUAUGAUACUGUAGCUCAGUUCUCUUUGACUUUGCUGUUCUGCUAAACAAACAAAAAAACGCCUUGAGAUGGAUCUUAUUCUAGUUGUUACUUCCUUUAAUCGUUAAAAUAAGAUAUAUUUUUCAUCUGUUAUGUACAAAAUGUAUUUAAAAAUGUGCACGUGUAGAAAACGUAACUAUUUCAUCACUAAUAAAUAAAGAGGUACGUAACAUUUGUCAUGUA